GUUAUAGCCCAGCCCAGAUUCUUGCUUCAGUUUCCAAUUCAAUCAAUUCAGAUUUUAGUACUGUUUCUGCUUCCGCUUCCGCUUCGAACGAAUCAGGAUUCACGUUACUGCUCAUUGCUGUUCCCAUUAUCAUUAUCCGACCAAGUGAUGAACGUUGAUGAAGCUGCUUCUUCCUCCCCGUAAUUUGCAACCCUAACUCUCAUUUCAGGGAAGAAUUGCAUCCUGAUGUUGAAUUUGAGUUUGUGAAGAACCCUGAUUUCAGAAGGUAUUUUGAAACUAUUAUGGUUCUAUACAGUUUGUGUGAGGUCUGAGCAAUGGCUUUUUAUUCUGAGGAGGAAAAAACAGAGGAUUAUCUUUUCAAGAUUGUUUUAAUUGGUGAUUCAGCCGUGGGAAAAUCGAAUUUGCUUGCUCGAUUUGCUCGAGAUGAAUUCUACCCUAACUCGAAAUCAACCAUCGGAGUCGAGUUCCAAACCCAAAAGAUGGAAAUAAAUGGAAAGGAAAUCAAAGCUCAGAUAUGGGACACUGCUGGACAAGAACGAUUUAGAGCUGUUACAUCUGCUUAUUAUCGAGGAGCUGUUGGAGCUCUCGUGGUAUACGACAUUAGCAGGCGUCCGACCUUUGACAGCAUUGGAAGAUGGCUGAAUGAACUUCACACUCAUUCCGACAUGAACGUAGUAACCAUACUGGUAGGCAACAAGUGUGAUCUGAAGGAUGGUAGAGAAGUAGGUACUGCUGAAGGGAAGGCUCUGGCAGAAGCUCAAGGUCUGUUCUUCAUAGAAACCUCGGCCCUCGAUUCCUCGAACGUAACAAACGCUUUCCAGACAAUCGUGAAGGAGAUCUACAACAUACUGAGCCGAAAAGUUAUGAUAUCUGAAGAACAUAAGAAGGAUGGGAGGUGGAUGGAGAAUGGAAGAAGUACCGUAGUGUUACAUGGAAAGGAGGAAGUAGAAGAGGAGGCCAAAAGAGAUUGUCAUCGCACACCCAGAUUUGUGCACAAUCGACCACAGAUCCGUCGCCAUCAAAUUGGUAGAGGUUGUUAGGAUAACCACCGUAGCUCGGUCACUGCCAUUGAGCCAUGUUGCAGUGAGUUGGUGUGGAUCAUCACUAGAGAAUAACGAAAGGAAACGUGCAAGGAUGCUAGCUUGUGCAUUCGAUUUGGUUCAACAUGCAUCUUGGUUCAUUUCAAUGUAUGCAAGCGGUUCGGGUCAACAAUCAAUUAAUUAACGGUCAAUAGUUUAGUUGAACCGAUUGAAUUCAAGUUUUUCUCUUGAUUCAUUUUUAAGACCGGUUUACCCUGGAUUUGCGUCAGAGACAUUACCUAUCGGUAUUCAU